AUGUGUGCGCCGCCUCCUCCGGCAAAGCCCAUACAGACCGUUAUAAGCCGUUUGGUACCCCAGGCCACCGUCCAACAAGUCCAGGUGAUGCCAUCGGUCCAUUGCCAACGCGUCUAUGGAGUCAAAGUCUCCACCGGAGCGAGCCUGGUUCUCGUCGUUCCCCCGCCGCCCAUGGUCAAGCUCCUGCGAUCUGAACGAGCCUCCGUCAUCUCGGAGGCUGCCGUAUUGAGAUGGCUUGCUGGCAAAACUGUCGAGACGCCUCUUCUCCAUGAGAAAAUCACGGAACCGGAAGUCUUACUCAGGCCAACCUCUCCCAUAGCUACUCCUGAGAGUGGAACGACCAGUCAUUCUGACAUCGCGGUGCAAGAACUGCGGGCGUUGGUUCCAACCCUCAUAUCACAUACGGCCGCAUCCAACGAGCUGGGCCUCGAAUAUAACCUCGUCAAGCCAACAAUAGGCACCCCCAUCUCCGAACUCAGUCCACCACUCUCAACGUCCGAACGAAGAACGAUCGAUUUUCAAAUUGGCCAACUGUACCGGCAGCUCUGCGAGCAGGUAUCACCCACUGGGCGAUUUGGGCCUGCGUUUGCUGUUCUACCUACCUGUGUGCCAUCACCCGCUACAGAUCCCACGAAGCCCGCGAGGCGAGAUAUCACCGCGAGAUUGAUGGAGUCAAGAGGAGUCCACUCCUGGACUACGGCUUUCCACUCAAUGCUAGAAGCUGUGCUUCGUGAUGGGGAGGAUAUGCAAGUGAUGCUGGGUUACAGCGCCAUCCGACGGCAGUUUAAACGCUUCGAACACGUGCUGGAUGGAAUCAAAACACCCCGGCUGGUGGCUGUCGAUGUCGGGAAGGAUGUGAACACCCUGGUAUUCAGAAAGAGAAGCCCCGGAGAGGACGCAUCUCUGGUUGAGGAUAGGCCACGGGGCAGACUACAAGACGCAGACCGACACGGCAGUGACGCAAGUAGCGAGGUUGGCGAUGAGUAUGACACCGGUUCGGAUUCGGGAGACAGCACUACACUCGCUCUGCCAUACAACGAUGGCAUCGUCAUGGCUGGCAUGAAGGAUUGGAGCAACUUCAUCUUUGGAGACCCGCUGUUUGCUCUCAAUAUCGGUCGUGAGCCUAGUGGUGAUUUUCUUGCGGGAUUCAACGGAGAUUCAAACACUCGACACACCAUCAUGUCGAUGUUUUCUUCGGAUCUGAUUGAAGACAAGGAGAGGGCGCACGUCCGCCUUUUGCUGUACGACUGCUACCAUACAAUCACGCAUAUUGCCAGGACAUACUUUCGCCCGCAAAAGGACAUCAGCGGGCGCGAGUUGGAGGCACGGAAGAGGCUGAACACUAUCUUGGCGCAGCUUGAUGCUCUCGAUGAUGCUGGCACACGGAGAGGGAGAAGACCAAGCGGCGAAUCAAGCCCGGCAAAGAAACGGUCGAAGAGCGGGGAAUCGUCUGAAUAG